GUUUCUGCGCGUCGAUACGCAGCCAAUAUCCGUCGAUCGUGACUCAUACAGUCGCGCGCAUUUUUCCUUAUACACUCGCAUAACCUCAUCAAAUUCACGCGUAUAUAUCCGACGAUGAUGAUAUCCUCGCACACGUUAUUGCAUGCACAGGAGUCGAAAUUCUGAAGGCCGUGAAGGGAAGCUAUAUAGAAGCAUCGCCUGUGUGUAUAGCUUAUUCCACUCGAUCGUCGUCGUGGUUCUCAGUGCGCGGCAGCAUGAAUUAAUCAUAAAAGCGUGGGCGCGAAAUUGCACAACACGAGAGGAGCGGAGAUGGCUGCGGGACGACUAUUAGCGCGAAGGACCGGCCGCGGCUGCCGAAGAUGGUGCGAAAGGUCAAGUGGCGAUGUUUUCGAGCUGCGCCGCGAUCGUUACGCCUCGACGGUCUGCGCCUCGAAGAACUUGAAAGUCGCGAUCGUCGGCGCCACGGGACAGACGGGAAGAAGCCUGGCGCUGUGUCUGAAGCAAUCGGCUCUAAUCGAUGAGUUGGCAGUCUACGACAGCCAUCCGACGCGCGGCCUCCUACUGGAGCUGAGCCACAUGGACUCGCGGUGCAGAACGAUCGUCGAGGACGAGGCUAGCACCACUAGCGCCUGCAAUGGCAAGAGGGACCUGGAACGAGCUCUCACGGGCGCGAAGAUAGUCGCCAUUACUCUCGACGGGGAGAGCAUCCGCGAGGAGGCCGAGUACCUCGAGAAGAUCCUAUCGGGCUUGCUGGGCUGCUGCCCUAAGGCCUUGGUGGCGCUGGUGUCGCGCAGGGUGAACAGCCUGGUGCCGAUGCUGUACGAGCUGUACAAGCGGGCUGGGCUCUUCGAGGCCUCCUCGCGUAUCUUCGGCGUGGUGAGCCUCUUCGCCACGAGAGCCAAUGGCUUGGCCGCGGAGACGCUGAAGAUCCAGCCGGAGUUGAGCUCGGUGCCGGUGAUCGGCGGCGGCUGUCCCAGGAGCUGCGUGCCCCUCUUCUCCCAGACCAGGCCCUGCGCCGAUUUCACGCCCGAGGAGCUGAGCAGAUUGAGUGAGGCGAUGAAGAGCGCCGAGGCGGCCGAGUCGUCGUCCCUGUGCCUCGGCUUCGCCGCCGCCAGGUUCUGCAUCUCAUUGUGCAAAGCUGCUGGAACACGAGCUUCGAGGCUGAGGCCGCGACUGCAACGGCCGCGGGCCUCGACUCCCUUCCGCGACCCCUCGGCUCGGCUCUCGCUUCGCGGAAUCCAACUCGGAAGAUCGGCGAGCGACCAGCCGGCACUGCAGACCGAGCCGCAGCGUAAAAGGUCCUGCAGCGAUAUAUACGCUCGCCGGGAAAGCAGCAGCAGCAGCAGCGGCGGCGUGCGGCCGACAAAGACGACUGCAGAGAGUAUAGCGCGGAGAGAGUGGGGCUCGCAGCUCGCUCUUCUCCCCUCCCCUCAAUCACGUUACCGCUUACCGACACGGCGCGCAGUCUUGUCGAGUCCACGGAAGCGCGUGGAGCUCUCGCGCUUGCCUGCGGCUCGUCCGUUACGUAUACACUUAUUCUUACCUACUCUGCGCCCGUGCUUGUGUCUCCUUCUAUACUCGUAUAAUCGCAGUAUCCUCUAGUGCAGUGCAGUACCCCACGGAGCCGAGGCGUAUUCUCCAAGUGUGCAAGAUGCAGCAGCACGUCGGCACCUGAGAGCCUGUCUCGCUCACGCUCAACGCCAGGACG